GGAGCGCGCGAGCCGGAGAGUGACUGAGACCGCGGGUGAGAGCCGCCUACCUGCCAUCGCCGCCCACGGCCGGGCCGCCACCAUGGCGCUUCUGCUGCGCUUCGUGCUCCUGUGCGGAGUCGCGGAGUUCACCAGAAGUUUGAGUAUUACUACUCCUGACCAGAUGAUUGAAAAGGCCAAAGGAGAAACUGCCUAUUUGCCCUGCAAGUUUACCCUUAGUCCGGAUGACCAGGGACCGCUGGACAUCGAGUGGCUACUGUCACCAGCUGAUAAUCAGAAGGUGGAUCAAGUGAUUAUUUUAUAUUCUGGAGACAAAAUUUAUGAUGACUACUAUCAGGAUCUGAAAGGACGAGUACAUUUUACAAGUAGUGAUCUCAAAGCUGGUGAUGCAUCAAUAAAUGUCACGAAUUUACAGUUGUCAGAUAUUGGCACGUAUCAAUGCAAAGUGAAAAAAGCUCCUGGUGUUGCAAACAAGAAGAUCCAGCUGACGGUUCUUGUUAAGCCUUCAGGUACGAGAUGUUACAUUGAUGGAUCAGAAGAAAUUGGAAGUGACUUUAAACUAAAAUGUGAACCAAAAGAAGGUUCACUUCCAUUGCAAUAUGAAUGGCAAAAAGUGUCUGACCCGCAGAAGCUGCCCACCUCGUGGUUAGCAGAAAUGACUUCAUCUGUUAUAAAUGUAAAAAAUGCCAGUACUGAGUAUUCUGGGACAUACAGCUGUACAGUCAGAAACAGAGUGGGCUCUGAUCAGUGCCUGCUGUCCCUGGAUGUCGUCCCUCCUUCAAAUAGAGCUGGAACAAUUGCUGGGGCUAUUAUAGGAACUUUGUGUGCUCUGUUGGUCAUUGGUUUUAUCAUCUUUUGCUGUCUCAAAAAGCGCAGAGAAGAAAAAUAUGAAAAGGAAGUUCAUCAUGAUAUCAGGGAAGAUGUGCCGCCUCCUAAGAGCCGUACGUCCACUGCCAGGAGCUACAUCGGCAGCAAUCACUCAUCUCUGGGAUCCAUGUCCCCUUCCAACAUGGAAGGGUAUUCCAAGACUCAGUACAACCAAGUACCAAGCGAAGACUUUGAACGUGCUCCUCAGAGUCCGACUCUCCCGCCUGCUAAGGUAGCUGCCCCUAAUCUCAGUAGGAUGGGAGCGGUGCCUGUGAUGAUUCCGGCACAGAGCAAGGACGGGUCUAUAGUAUAGAACCUCCGCGCCUUUCGUCUCUGCUCUCCACGUUUCUUCUCUUCUCUUGAAAUAUGAAAACCUAUCCUGUUCUAAAUUUUGCUACCAGCCUCAUAAUAUAUCAAAAAGAAGUUGACUGUAAGAGCUAUACUUCCGAAGUUUUGUUUGGCUAUAUUGAAACAGUAAAGGCAUUAAAGUCACUAAAGAGAAAUCGACCACCUGAAAAAGAUUUCCUUUAAGAGGUUGAUUUUAUAGGUUUCUAAAUAUCAAUACUGAAGUAAGAUGUAGCACUUUGAAUAUGAAAUCAUAGGCGAAGAGAUUGGUGAACUCACAUGCACCAAGUUGAUACUUGAAUCAUCUGCAAGUGGUACUUUAUAAUUUCUGCCGUUAUUUUUAGGAUGCCUUUCUCAAUUAAUUUAUGACCCAGUAGUCCCCCCGAAACUGGUAAAGGAACAUUCAUGGCAAAAAUACUUAUCUACGUUUUUGUUUGUUCUUGUUUUUGUAGCUUCUUUGAAAACUCUAAAUGUGUUUAGAAUAUCUCGAAUAACGUAGAAAACGCUGCAGUGUUCUAGAAAUUACUAGUUUUGCUUCCAAGUCAUUGAUAAACCUUGGCCGUGAAAUGAUUUCUUAAGUAUUUAAUUGACAGACUGCUCCAAGCAGCAGGGAUGUAGUCAGCUGUUUUGUUUGCUAAAAUAAAGGAGCAUCUAUCAAAUUUAGAAAAUUUGCUCUCAGCUACACACAGUGAUGACACUAGUGGUGAGUCGUGAGGGUGGAUUUUGUGGAUAAGUGGUCUGCUGCCUGGAGGCCUGCGGUGGUCUUCAGAACCGUGACCAGCCUGGUCAAGUGUGGAGUAUUUCACAGUUCCCAACUAAAUACUGGCUCUCCACCUUAGAUGAUAUUUUUCUAAUAAGAAAAAAUUAUAACUCAUUUAUUGUUUGACAAUUACAGAUUGAAAUUCGCUAAUUAUUGGUUCCAAGUUUUAAAUGUUUUUUUUUCCUGGUUCAAUGUUUUGGUUUUCUUUUGCGUUAGUGUUACAUAUUAUCUGUUCUCGAAACGUAAUUCCUGAAUUUACCCUCUUGAAUGCGGUUCCUGGAGGAUGUUUUCUUCAUAGACUCAGAAUGAUAAAAUACAUUUUAAGCUAGUAAGUGUCCUCCAUCACGUCUGUAUUUCAGACUUGGGAGGAUGUGCAUUUGCUAUUGUAUGGCCAACAUGUCUUUGUGUAGUUGCAGAAAAUCAAGUUGAGCUUUGAGAAGUUUGAGUCUUAGUUUUGUGAAAGUGGUUUAUUCUUAAGAAAGACAGAAAUGAAAGCAAACCGGAGUUCAAGCAAUACUCCUAACUGCCAAAUGUAUUACAUACUGUUUUAGUAGAAGAAAGUGAAUUUAUUGUAUUUCCCUUAAGACUGUGAGGGAGUGUGGAUAUAGUAGAAUGAGCCAACAGUUUCUUUAUAGUAAAUAAGGUCUGCAAUAAAUAUUUCAGUAGCUCUAAAACCUUUUCCCUAGAUUUUAGUAGGGAGUUGGUUUCUGUUGAUCUCUUCGGGUGCUGUGGUGGUAAAUGCUACAUUAUAAAGUAAUGUUGGCAUGAAUUUAUGACUAGGCAGAGUAUUGUGUACACUUUUAAUGGUAAAUUUAAGCUGAAUGUCUGUGUAAAGAGUUAGUGUAUAGUUUUACAUAUUUGGAAGCAUUUUUAAGUUUUAACCUUAUGUAAUAUUGCUUUUAUACUGGUGUUAACAUUUUCAUCUGUGCCUUUUGGGUAUUUUAUUAUGAAUUUCUGGUGCCUAUGAGCUAGCUAUCACCUGAAAGGUGCUUAGAGGUGAAGGUACUGUUCCUAAAAACGCAUCACUGUGACUCCUUUCUAUCCUCACGCUUUCAGUCUUGCCUCCUCUUUGUUCUUUUUGGGUGCAACUUAACUGAUUGUGUUAUCCAUAAAGUUUGUAAAAUUUCAACAUCCCCAACACUCUGACUUUAUAACAGUAGCAAUCUUUGAAUGCCAGAUGUCUGGCCUGUUUUAUAUGAGUAACAUUUAUAAGAUAUUAUAAUAAGAAUAAAUAACAGAUCACAAACUUUAAUAAUAAAAAAUUUUUGGUCUUCCCUCUUCCCGAUUUUCAUAUAAUGAUGCAGUCAAUCUAAGUAGAAAUUACUGUCAAAGGUGGGCAUAUGUAAGACUUUCGAGUCUAGGUUUGGCUGUAAGUGAAUCAGAGUCUCUUCCAGAAGCGCUUUGAGUUCAGGUCAGUACCAACCACAGCCUGAGAUAUGUGUUUGCAAAAACUCAGUUGUGUGACCUGCAGAGACCUGUGGGACGUGACUGAGGUGAGAGGACAGAAUUCAGUUUUAGGCCUCUGUCUCUAGCUACUCCACUGUAAACUUCAGUUAAACCAAAGGUCACACAGGGCUGAUACUUGUCCAGUAAUCCUCACUCAUAGUUUCAAUUGAGCCAGAGAUCAAAUAUUUGUACCAGAAUUGCUAUUGGUAAUGAUGAAGCUAUUCAACAAAAAAUUGUUAUUCAGGCAUUUCCCUUAGCAAGCCAGACAACAUCAGUCAAGGAUGGCGCUGCAUCCUCGAAGCAAAACCAUUUGAUUCCACUUUACACCUGCGAGACUUGACACCAUCUUUUUGAGUUAUGAGUUACUCAGAAUAACUUGAAAAGAAAUGAUACUUGUAGAGGAUGUAGUUCUGUGCUUUGAAUAUGUAGUUUAUAGGUGUUCUUUUUCUUAUUAGCAAUCUCACUAAUAUUCCCCUGUUAGAAGGCCAGAAAAACCAAUCUCUUAUUGAUUAUACUGACCAGUUAUUCCAGGCAAACAACUUCCUUUACAUUUGGGCUAUCUGCUGUGGAGUUGGUACAAUGGAAACAAAGCCUGAGUGUGUCUUAGGGGGAGGUUAAUUCAAGAGACACAAUUAGAUCAUGGAUAUGAAGAAAUAUCUGAUUUUUAUUACAAAGAUAAUUUUUUAAGUUUGAGUUCUGGAAAUUCAGAGCAAGUGAAGGGGCAGUAAACAUUUUGAUUAAAUAGAAAAAUAACUCAUUGCAUGAAGUUGGACAUCAAAUUCUGUAAUAUAUGGCUUCUUGAAAUAACUGUUCUCUGUCUUUUCAUGUGUGUGCAGCAUGUGAAUUUGAAAUUAUGUGAAUGUGUAAAAUUUUUUUCUAAUCUCUGUUCAUCUCCACAGUGUUUAGAGCUUUUCAGAUGCCUUACUCCAGUGUGAACAGAAAAAGUCCGUAUUUUAUGUGGUUAAUGCUUUGAUGUGUCAUGUAAGGAGUAGUUUGUAGAAAAUGUUGGCACAAUUUUAACUUUUUAGUGGCUUGUGACAUUAUAUAUUAUAUAUAUGUACAUAUAUCUUUAUAAUAUUCCUGUGUUUAGUAGUAUAAAUGUUCUGGGCAAGUUUUCAUAUUUCAGAUGCCUUUGGAUCUUCUUGCAAUAAAGGCAACAUGUUCUGCA